AUGGCGGAAUCCUCAACCAGGACGAGAGAUGGUCGAGGAAAAUCUAUCGUGUUCGAGGAUUCAUCGACCAGGGGUGUUGGAAUCGUCGACCGGUACCGAGAAUUCGUCGAUCAGGACGGCGGAAUCCUCGACCAGUGCGAGGAAUGGUCGAGGAAAAUCUAUCGGGGUGUUGGAAUCGUUGUUCGGUACCGAGAAUUCUUCGACCAGAACGGCGGAAUCCUCGACCAGUACGAGGAAUGGUCGAGGAGAAUCUAUCGGGUUCGAGGAUUCAUCGACCAGGAAUUGAAAUCGUCGACCGGGUCCGAGAAUUCGACGACCAGGACAAGGAGUGGUCGAGGAUUCAUCGACUAUGUGUUGGAAUCGUCGACCGGUACUGAGAAUUCGUCAACCAGGACGGCGGAAUCCUCGACUAGGACGAAGAAUGGUCGAAGUAAAUCUAUCGUGGAGUCUGGGCAGUCCAUGGGAACCCCCUUACUCGGUUCGGACUUGGGUAGCGAUCGAGGGAUACUAUCGGAUACCGACACGAGGAAUGACCGACCAACCGUCCGACCAACCGACCGUCCGACUGACUGUCCGACCGACUAUCGACUUUUCCGACAAUCGGCUUUUUUGCCUUUUUUGAGUUUUACAGCAGUUUUCAGACAAAAAUUGAUGAAUCGUCGAGGAGAAUGGGCUUGCCUAGCACAAAAAUUGUUGAGUGGUCGAGAAGAAUGGGCAUGUCAUGUGUCGGCUGACAUGGAUUCUUCGAGGCCUAGGGUUGGCGAGAAUGGGCGUGUCAUGCAUGAGCUGACAUGGAUUCUCCUAGGCCGUUUGGGUGGCGGUAUAAUCAUCUUGCGCACGAAAUACCGAGAUGUCCCCAUGGGCAUCGAUUCCAUUCGCCUAGGUUGA